CUACUCAUACUCACUGCUGCCUGCUACUCAUACUCACUGCUGCCAGACUCUGGGCUACAGGCUCGGCCGCGUUGUCACCCCGCAGGUGGCCGAGGCGGCGAGGGAACAACUCCGGCGACACGCCGCCGUCCUGCGCCUCCUCCUCCUCCUCGCGGUGCACCUAGCCUGGCACUGAGCCACGAUGGGGACGAAUCCCGAGAGCGCGGAUCUCCCUCCGGCCACCGACACAGCAGUGGCCACUCCUCAGGGAGAACUUGAGCGGCCCACGAUGGAGGGCCUGCUCCAGCGAGCCAACGAGCAAGAUGCACAUGCCCAAAUAGAGGUGGCCAAGCACUACUUGAAGAAGGCGGUGGAGUCGGGCAACGAGGAUCACAACAGGACUGCCGUCGGGUGGCUGAUCAAGGCGGCCACCGAGGGGAAAAAGGAUGCCGCCAACUUGCUCCAGCAGUGCGUGCGGCUCAACAAAGGCAUUUGCGCGGAGAACGCGGAAAAGGCGCGCAAGCUGGCGCAGGAGACGGACUUCGAGCGCUCGCUGCGCAAGGCCGCGCGCCGCAUGGCCGCCUCGCUCAACCCCAGGAGGAGGCCCCAGCGCAGCGCGGCCGCCACCGUCGCCGCCGCCGCUCCGCCUGCCGACUCGCCCAGCACGAGCGAGCCCGCCGACUCGCACGCCGAUGUCCCCGAGGGAAACGGGGAGAAGCUUCGGCAGCAUUUGGCACCCAGUGUCUGUGCCGCCGGCCGAAACGCACCGGUCUGCGCUUCUGACGAUGCUGGUGAAGUAACGGAAGAGAGGAAAUUCGACAGGCAGCAGAAAAUCCUGCGAAGAUUCAUGAGUUUCCAAGGCAUGGCAACGGGGACGAAAGAUCUGUGCACGGACGACCUCCUGGACAUGACCAAGGGCUACCUGAGCGGCGCUUACGCCCGGCCGCCCAUUCCCCUGGUCGCUGCCGGGGUGGACGAGCCAGAGAUGGACGGACCGCUGGACGGGUCCCAGCCGGCGCUGCUGCCCUCCAGGGACAAGCUCAUGCAGUACCCACUGCAGGCAGUGCUGGAGGUGAAGGACUAUGUGGUGGAAAUGGCCUCCAAAGUGGGCAUGCAGUGGCUGCAGGCCGCCCUCCCGCUCAACCAGAUCAACACCAUCAUCUUCUUCUUCAUUCUCAGCAGCCUCACCAUCGACUUCCUGGGUUUCAUUAUCCCACUCAUCAUCUUCUACCUUGCCUUCGUUUCUAUGGUGAUCUGCACACUGCGCGUGGUGCAGCUGGGCAAGGCGUGGGAGGAGUUCCGCACGUGGACCAACAUGGUGCUCGAGUACGAGCCCUGCCUCGACGUGGCGGAGGCCGAGGCCCAGUUCGGCUGGUCGCACCUCGAGCCCUACCUCCACUUCCUGCUGUCGGCGCUCUUCACCGUCCUGUCGUACCCGCUGGCGGCACGCGCCUGGCUGCCCUGCUCCGAGCUCGCCGUGCUGGCGGCCGUGCUGGCCAUCGCCGGAUAUUACACGGGCACGGGGCAGGCGGGACGCGUCCAGACGCACGCCCGCAAUGCCCUCCUCGCGCAGGUGGCGAUAUCAGCCCUGCAGGGCCUGGCCUCCCUGCCCACCGAAGCCCCCCUCGCCUGGCUCCUGCGGCCCCUCGGCGAGAGCCACCUGACGCUGCCGCUGGCGCUGCCGUCGCCGAGCGUCGCUCCGUCCCUCGCCCCCUCGCUCCGCCUCAACCUGGGCCUGCCCGCGCUGCUCUACGCCCUCCUCGUCUACUCGCUGUACCGCGUGGCGGCGGGCGCGCGCGGCGGCGGGGGCGGCGGCGGCGGCUACCGGGGGGCGUGCUGCGCGCUGGCGCCGCACGUCGUCUGCUUCGUGUGGUGGGAGCUGUCGGCCGAGCUUCUCUCGAGCGGUGCGACGCCGCUGGGGCUGCUGCGCGCCUCCGUGGGCUACGCGCUCUUCGUGUUCGCGCUGCCCGUGCUGGCCGUCGGGCUCUGCGCCGCUGCCGCGUUCCACUGCGUGCGCUGGCUCGUGGCGCUCGAGUUCGCUAAGGUGGGCGUCACGCUGGCGCUGUGCGCCGUGCCCGUGCUGCUGCGCUACUGGAACCGCGCCUCGGCCGCGCAGACGCCCAGCCCCGGGCACACCUCGCCCGUCAGACUCAUCCUCUUCUGGCUGACAACGGUGGCGGCGCUGAGUUUCCUGAACGCCACGCGGCUGGAGCGCACCGCGCGGCCCUACAACUCCCCCGUGUCGCUCGAGGCGUACGUGGCCGCGUGCGGGCCCGACGCCUGGCAGCAGAGCAGCAUGGCGCACACGCAGUACAUGUGCGCCCACCUGGAGGGACACAGAGUGACGUGGGUGGGCCAGCUGAAGCAGGUGCGCAUCUUGGAGACGGAGAACGCCCUGGAGACCUUCCUGGGCCUCCUGCCGCUGCCCGUCGCGCGCUGGAUGCGCUGCGUCUAUGGCGAUAAGUACCCUCCGUGCAACAGCACCGAGCGCAAGCUGACGGCGAGCGAGGAGCGCCUGUGCCGCACGCCCCUGCCGGCGCGACACCCGUGCCACCUCAAGCGCCUCGACCGCUACAAGUUCGAGCUGACCCUCGUGACCCUGGGGCCGGGCGCCGCCGACUCCCAGCGCGACGUCUACCUGCGGGGCGGCAACGAGUUCCGCGAGCUGCUCCUGCGCGUACCGCACGGCAGCAAGGUGGAGGUGAGCACGCGGCUCGAGGGGCCCGGCCUGGGCGCCAGGUGGCCGGCGUUCGACCUGCGGGCCGCGCGCUGCCUCGGCUGCUCGGCGAACGAGGGCUGGGAGGAGGCGGAGGAGGAGGAGGGAGGCGCUGGGCCGGCGCUCGGGCGGCGAUUCCUCAAGGUGGAGUACGACUGGUGGAGCACGGCGCUCAGCGGAGUCAAGUUCGCCUUCAACUUCUUCUUCUCGCCUCUGCUCAGCGUCGAGCUGGACUGAAUCGCCGGGGCGGCAAUGGUGUCUGGAGGGGCUCGUUUGCUGCGAACGGGAAUGCUGUCCCCGAGCGCGAUUGGGAAAUAAGCCUUGUGUUUGGAUUAAAAGUGUGUGUUGCAAAAGUGCGCCCACCCCCCCCCCCCCCCCGAUUUUGUUGCUGUUUACGCACAGUUAGUUUUGUUUUCGGUUACUGAGGCGUUAUUGUUCGGUACGUGGCGAAGUUGGCAACCUGCUCGCCAGUAGAGAAGUUUGCACGUCACUAAAUGGGUCAUUUCCUGUUAUGUCAACGGGUGUAUUUUCAAUGUUUUGCCAUUAUUGACAACGUUUUGCCGUUUGUCAAUGUCGUCGCUGCACUACCAAAAUAAAGCAAUGACUGUAAAGCUGCCAAGGGGUUUACUAGUUCGCUUAAUCUUGAUAUUCAACUGGGAAACCUCCCCACACACAAUAUCAGCCGAGUCUAUAAAAAAAAAUUCACUUCAAGCCUAAAUAAUAUUUUUAAGAUUCAAAGCAAACGUGUGAACACCGUUAUUUGUGCGCGACACAUCUUGAGGUGAACUGCGAAGGUGGCAACGCCACGCUGCAGAACUAACCACACCGUCACCGCGGUGGCGAGGUUCACAGCUUGCAGCGGGGCCAAGCGAAUCGCCCGCUGUCUGUGUGAUGCCCGCGUGCGUUGGCUGCCCGCGUGCUGUACACGGCCUUCGAGAUGCGUUGAUUACACUGGUCAACACACUUUUUCUGGCAUAAGGUAUUCCAACGGUUUUAAGGUAAUUUUGGGGUGCUGAUUCCAAAUCUGGCAUCAGUUUUUGUCUAUCACAUCAGGUUUUUGAGAUAUCAAAUAUUGCAUUUUCAAUAAAAACUGCAGAAGAAAAAUAUUAAAUAAAUGUGGAUAUCUACAUAAAAUGAUAAACACACUAUCCUAAAAAUACAGCACCAUAUUUUAACACUAAAGCAGUCACUGACUCGCAACAACUUGCAAUCAUAAGUGACAGAGUUAAUUUCGGGUAAAAUCAAUGAAAAUGGGGUAUGCCGAUAGCAUACAAUGAGAUGUGAUAGAGCAAAUCUGAGAUUUGGAAUCGGAAACCUGACAUUAGUCUUAAACAGCUGCAAAAGUCCAGGCCAGAAAAGAUUUUUUUUUUGGUUGACCAGUGUUAUCUGAGCACGCCCAGUGCUGCACUCUUUCCUCUUUGCUUGUAAACGACGCGAAGGUCUUUCCAUGAAGCCACGGCAAGCGCGGUGUAUUUUACACAUCUGUCCCCGGGCCGGUGGCUGCUUCACGGUACAUUACCUACUAACAAAUGGAUCGUGAAAUGCACGAACAUGUAACCCCAUAUUAUCCCGAUAAGAGUGCGCCCGCGUUGCAUGCAUAUGAAUCUAUAAAUCAGGCCACACAGAGGGGAGGGGGUCUGCUCGGCUCUGCAUUGAUAACGUGCCAGUGUGUGCUUGGAAUGUAUAAUUCUAGAGCACAAUAAAGGCUUAGGAUUGUGAAAGUGUAUCACACCGACGGUUAUGUAAAUAGCACGAAUCUUGAAUUUCAUUUAGAAACAAGCGUUUUAGAGUAUUUGGCUGCUAUACAUUUCCACGUGAUAAGCCACUUCCUUGAGCUAUCAUCUGUGGUCUGGUCGCUUCUGAAAUAGAGCUAUACAGCUCAGUUGAGCCUUACCCGCUAAAAUAGAGUAAAAAAUAAAAUAGUAAUUCCACGAUCGCGGUCAUCCGUUCCAGCUGCCCCGUGUCGGUCGUGUGUAGCUGUGCAAGGCCUGCGUGGUGUGCAAGGCGUGUGUGGUGAUGCUGCAGCUGUAGGCGCCAAGUUUGAGCAGCUCGCAACCCUGUGAUGUGACCUUGUUUAAAGGGGGAGCGCAAUACGACAACAAAACUGAGGUGUGAUGGCGGGCCCACGACACAAAUGUCAGAAUAUUUAUUUGUACUGGAGGAAUUCGAUAAGCUACGUUGGGGAAACGAAACGACAUGUCUCGGAGCGUGUUCGUGAACACAAGGCAGAUCUGAAACACGUUAGGACCAAUACCUCUGUUGUUGCUGAUCAUUGUUUUAACACUGUGGGCUCACACGAAAUUGAUUUUUCCAAGACCAAGGUACUCUGCAAACCCACCGGCUAUCAGAGAUUUGUUCAUAAAGCCAUCCAGAUAUAUAAACACAGACACAACUUCAACCGAGAAGAUGGGUACAAACUGAGCAAUCAUUGGAAGGACGUUAGUAACCAGGUAAAGUCUUAACUGACUGUGAUGUUUCCAUGCUACCUGCCUAUGUCCGCUGUUAUUUCCGACUCUCUGUGGGUGUCUCUCUCUCUGUGUCUCCCUCUCACCAUGUGUACCUCUUGCGCUUAGGGGUUUUUUGUUCCUGUUGCCCGGCUCUCUGACAUUGACAUGCCAAUCUUCUCAUUGGCACACCUCCGGUGUCUGGGCCGUCCCACAUUGACAUGCUAAUCUCUCACAUUUACAGCUUCAAAUCAAGAUUUACGUACAAAUUCCUUCUCCAGCUCUGCCCACUUACCCUUGGGUUGGGCCCACCAAAAUCCUACAUAAACUCUCGUUGCAGCAGCUCUUUCUCCUACGUCAGCAGUCCUCCUGCUGUGUUUGUUUCGCACCUGAUGACGGUUGCUUGUGUUGCGAUCGAAACGUCGUGAUCUAUUAUUUUUUCUACCCACGUGACUUUACCGAAAGAACCCAAGAGCAAAGCUCUUUUUCGCAGAUGUCCAGUCGGGGCGUGUCAGAACGUUACGACAACAAACAGUGCAAAAAAAACGAUAGGAGUGCUAAUUAUAGUAUAGGUAAACAAAUAACUUGAAAAUGUACAAAUAAAACUACAUUAUUUUUUUAAUCUUACCAUGUAAAGCCGACCGAGGUAUUAACAUAUUUUUUCAGAAGCGAACUGGCCACAAAUGAUCGCUCAACAAAGUGGCUUACGUGGAAAUGUAUAGCAGCAAAAUAAUCGAUAUAUCAAUGCAUGUAAAUGUUAAACAGAAUGAAUACAAUCCGCUUGUGUCUGUCACGUGUUCUUAUCUGCUUUUCACCCACGAUGCACGUGUUGUACGGGUUUCCCUCGUCAUUCACGAGCUUGCUGUCUGCGGUUUUGGUUGUCCGUGAAUCCCAUCUGGAACUUUACACGACCGCACGGAGAGAGAGAGAGAAAUGCAUUGAUGAGCUAAAGUGAUGAGAGAGAAUGUGCUGCGAGAAAGUGAUGAGAUAAGGAGAUAAGACGUAACUUCUUGAAGCUUUAGAAGCAUCUGCAGACGUUGCUCAUACGAUAUACACAUAGGGCAAUAUCAUCCGCGGCAUUCUGUAAACGAUGUUUGGCUUGACGAAGAAUUGAGUGGCGAUGUUUUCAGCAUUUCUUAAGUCCCCUGUAGCCCCCCCCCCCCCCCCCCAGAUGCUAUGGGCCUGGUUGUUCGUGACUGAUACCAACAUAAAAUCAUCCCUUCAGCAAUUAACAAAUUAUGCUCGACAACCACGUCACGUUCUAAAAUGUACACGAGGCGCAUACAUUAAGCACAGGCAGGAAUCUCUUCUUUCAAUGGACACUGCAGGGAUAUCUGAGAAAACGAAUAUGCUGGGCCAGCAAUUGGUCCCAUUAAUCAUAAACUAAGGAUUAAACUUUGAAAUUGAUUUACUCUGCGGCUCAUUAACCAUUAAACAUUGUCGCUCAGUGCAUGUCCCGCGAGCCGGGGACGAGAGCGGUGUGGCAGUGGAGCGGUCUGCACAGAGCAGGGGACCAGUUGCGGAUGGUGUCUAUGGGGGCCUUGGGGGUGCUGCCCCCAUCUAAGAUUGAAUGUUAAACUUGAAACCCGUUUGCAACAAAACAAAUAGAAACUCAUCACAAAUGAGGAGGAUGCGAGCUUCCCAUUGGCCGGUCUAAGGGCGAUCUCGGGGACGCCUCGACCAAUCACAAGUCGCCCUGCUUGAGGCUAUUUUGCAUUCCCCCAGUCUAUUCAAACGCCCCCCCUCUAAAAUGUAACCCCUCCCCCAAGAUUCAGUCGCCCGUGGUACAUCCCAACAUGGACAUGUGGGGCUCUGCUGAUGAGUGCGAGACCUUAGGGGGCCAUCCAUAAAUGACGUCACGCACCUAGGGGGGGGGGUCAGACAUUUGCGACGAUGUGUGACGAAUUAAAUAUACUUU